AUGGAUUCAAAGGGACAGCAACCUCUAAACCUAACUUGCCGGAAAGUCGUGACCCUCGCUCUCUUCCAGCUUGGCCUCAGUGCCAUCUUCUUCACCUGCGUCCGGAUGUCUGGGAAACCAGACCCAGGGACCCCUGUGCCUGGCACACUCCACCCACCAAAACAGCCAGUAAACAGCCUUCCAAUAGAGAGGCGGUCCUCCAACCUCACCAUCUUGCUGUGGACCUGGCCUUUUGGCAUCCCUUUUGCUAUUGAAAGGUGUUCCCAGGUGCUGGGUAUCCCCGACUGCUACAUCACCGCCAACCGCAGCUGGUACCGAAAGGCCGAUGCAGUUAUUGUCCACCAUCGGGAUGUUUCUAGUAGCCCCAAGCGGCUUCCUCAAGAGCCAAGGCCAGCCUCCCAGCGCUGGGUCUGGUUCAAUCUAGAGUCACCCAGUGCCAGCCCCAACCUUGGCUUCAUGGACAACCACUUCAAUCUCACCAUGAGCUAUCGGAGAGACUCGGAUAUCUUCAGCCCUUACGGGACAAUGGAGGUCCUCCCUCGGCCCCAAAACGUCACUGUCCCGCCCAAAUCUAAGCUAGUAGCCUGGGUGGUGAGCAACUGGGAUUUGCACUCCCAUCGGGUUAAAUAUUACGAGGAACUGAAGAAGUACCUCCAGGUGGAUGUCUACGGACGCCAUCACUCCCCUCUCCCGGAUAGCAAGCGUUUUUCUACGCUAUCUCAGUACAAGUUCUACCUGGCCUUUGAGAAUGCCAUUCAUGAGGACUACAUCACGGAGAAGGUCUGGCGAAACGCCUUCCGUUCUUGGGCUGUGCCUGUCGUCCUCGGCCCCCCAAGAGAGAACUACGAAAACUACAUGCCUCCAGAUUCGUUCAUUCACAUCCAUGACUUCCCAUCAGCCAAAGAGUUGGCCAAGUUCUUGCAUGAGUUGGACAGAAACACAACAAGAUACCAGAGUUACUUCCAUUGGCGCUCAUGGCUGAAACCCGUUGGACAAUUCACAUACGCCCAGCAUUUCUGCAAAGCAUGCCGGGAUUUGCAGAAGAAGCCACUUCAAUACCAGACUGUUCCAGCACUGAGCAAGUGGUUCAAAUGA